GCUGAUGGGGUGGUGUUAACGCUGACUUCACCACAAACACUGCCGAGCUGAGUUCUCUAAACAAACCCAACAAACACAGAACCUGCAGAACCUCCAGAACCAGGAGAACCGGGGGAUUUAAGAGUCCAGAUCCUCCUACAGACGAGACGCAGGACGUUGGCGGUGUGGAUGAAGAAAGGGACCCGGAGGAGAGGAAGUGAGCGGCUCGCCUUCCUUCAGUGAAAACUCCUCUAUCCUGGACAUGAUGGGUCCUCGGCGUAAAUCCACCAAGACACGCAGUGUUGGAGGUGGAAUCAGGAGCUGCAGCUCUUUACAGGAGGAACUCAAAGAUUAUAUGAAUGAGCUCUCGCACGAGGUGCUCUGCCACAUAUUCCGAUAUUUGCCUAUGCAGGAUAUUAUGUGUAUGGAAUGUCUGUCGCGGAAGCUGCAGGAAGCCGUAACGCUGUACCUGCGUGUGGUGAAGGUGGUGGACCUCUGUGCCAGCCGCUGGUGGGAGUACAUGCCUUCAGGAUUCACAGACUCGAGUUUCCUCAUGCUGCUGAAGAAGAUGCCGGAUCUGGAGCAGUUGUACGGUUUGCACCCACGUUACCUGGAGCGCAGGCGGGUCCGAGGCUACGAGGCGUUCAGCAUUCCCGGCGUUCUAGAAGCUCUUCAGGCGUGUCCUAAUCUUCUGGGGGUGGAGACUUCACAUUUGGAGCUGGUGGAAGCGAUAUGGAACUACAUGCCUCAGGUCCACAUCCUCGGAAAGUUCAGGAACCGCAACGGAGCCUUUCCCAUUCCUCCAGAGAACAAACUCACCAUCCCGUCUGCAGCUAAAAUCCAGACGCUCCACCUGGUCGGCGUAAGCGUCCCGGAGAUCCCGUGUGUGUCGAUGCUGAAGCACCUGUAUAUGAAGUGGGUGCGUCUGACGAAGCCGCAGCCGUUUAAGGACUUCCUGUGCGUGAGUCUGCGGACCUUCGUCAUGAGGAACUGCGCCGGCCCCACCAACUCCCUCAAAUACGUGCCAUUAGUGACGGGACUGGCCUCGGCCCGCAACCUGGAGCAGCUGGAGCUGGUGAGGGUCCCGUUCCUGGGGGGGCUGAUUCAGCAUGUGGUGGAGGACAGCUGGAGGUCAGGAGGAUUUCGUAAUUUGCACACUAUUGUAUUUGGUGCCUGUAAGAAUGCACUUGAAGUUGAUUUGGGCUACCUCAUCAUUACUGCAGCUCGCAGGCUGCAUGAAGUUCGAAUGCAGCCUUCAUUAACGAAGGACGGGGUGUUUUCAGCGCUGAAGAUGGCAGAACUUGAAUUUCCUCAGUUUGAGACUUUACAUCUGGGAUACGUUGAUGAGUUUCUGUUGCAGUGUAAACUGAGUCACUCUGAGCUGGUGAAAUAUGGUCUGGCUGAUGUAAUAGAGAAUCCUGGAAUCAUCACUGAUAUCGGGAUGAAGACGGUUAAUGAAGUUUUUACUUCAAUCAAGUAUCUAGUAAUUUACAACUGCCCUCAUCUACACAACCCACACAACUGGAUCACAGAUCAUUCCCGCUGGAGCAGGCUGGUGGAUCUGACGCUGGUGCGCUGCCACGCUGUAAAACUCGAGUCUUUCAGCCAGUUUAUAGAAAUGCUGCCGAACCUGGAAUUCAUCUCCCUGGAUCAGAUGUUCCGUGAGCCGCCGAAGGGCUGUGCCCGGGUUGGUUUGAGUGCAGGAACGGGUAUUGGUGUUUCUUCUGCUCUGGUCAGCAACCAGAACCCGAACAACGGCAACGACAACAAUAACAACCACCAGAACAACGCUAAUGCUAAUAUUCCUCCACAUAAUCAGAACAACGAUGCAGUGGACAUGCCCCAGCACAGAGCUGAUGAGAUCCCGGCUGUAGACGGGAUGGUGGUGGAGAAUAUUGAAGCGGAGCCCCAGGCUGUAGCAGCAGGACCCGAGGAGCGGGCACCGACCUGCCAACCUGCCAAUCCAGGUGUGCAGGAUGAAGAGCAAGCAGGACCCAGUGGAGUUCAACCAGCCGUGAAAAAAAUCCCCGUAAUUGUGUCGGACUCCGACAGUGAGGACGAGGAAAGUCCUGUUAAGACCCCGGGUGCAUUUAACUCUCAGCAGCAGUACUCCGAAGCGGACAUGCACAAAAAGAGCGGUAAGGGGAAAACGCCGCUCCGGCGGCGGGCAGCUCAGUGUGGCAGCUGUGAGAAAGGGUGCCAGGUGACGAGUGAACAGAUUAAGGCGGAUCUGAAAGCAGCCAGUGAAUCGGCGGAGGACGGCGCUCACAGAGACCGGAGCGGGGGGGCUGCUGGGCACACGGGGGGGUGCGUGUGCUCCAUCCGCUGGAGAGAGGACUCUGUGAACCCGGAGCGGCGGGUGGGUGCAGGCGGGGGCACGGGCGGGCGUGAGGAUGGCACUAACUGCUGUACCUGCAGCCGGGCACCGCCAGGCCCUCAGAGAAACGUCCGCGCCCCCCUCGGCCACCCCCCAGCCAAUCAGAAUCACCUACCUGAGAGGAGGGGCCAGGACUCCGCCCCUCACGGCACUCCGGCCCCCGCCGACAGGUGUAGUGACGGCUCUCCGGAGCCACCAAACAGAACCUCACGAGCCUUCCUCUCCAGACGACCCGUAACCCGAGCCUGCAGCCGGCUGAGCUCCGUCCCGCUGGUGUCUGAGUCCGAACUUCCAAAAACGAAACCGCGGGCGGCGCUGAAACGGAAACGCACAGCAGAUAAAUCCACCAGCACCAGCGACCCGGUGACGGAGGACGACCAUGAACAGGUGCUCGCGCUAAAAUCCAAAAACCUGGUGGGAAUCACAGUAACAAACUGUGGCAUCACGGACCUGGUGCUGAAGGACUGUCCGAAAAUGAUGUUCAUCCACGCUACACGCUGCCGAGUGCUGAAGUACCUGAAGGUGGAGAACGCUCCCAUCGUGAAUCGCUUCGAUUACGCUCAGUGUAAGAAGUUGGACAUGGAGCAGGUUCUAGAUCAGAUCCUGCGCAUGCCGCCGGAGAGAAACCGCAUUGUUUACAUGCGACCUAUGCAACAGAUUGACUCGUUGGCUCUGGAGAGGAAGCUGUUCAGCGGGCCGUACCCGUAUCACAUCGCACUGAUACACGAGUUCAGUAACCCCCCCAACGUCAGGAAUAAAGUGCGAGUGCGGAGCUGGAUGGACACUGUCGCCAACAUCAGUCAGGAACUAAUAAAGUACGAGUUCUUCCCCGAGUCGACGAGAACGGAAGAGGAUAUAAAAAAGUAUCCCAACUACCCCUGGGGCCGCGACAUUUAUACCAUAGAGGGAGUGGUAGAUGGAGCUCCGUAUUCGAUGGUGACUGAUUUCCCGUGGCUGCGUUCUCUGAGAGCUGCAGUGCCCAACAGUUACGCUCGUUACGACUUUGAGGACGACGAAAGCUCUACGAUCUACGCUCCGCGGCGUAAGGGCCAGCUCUCGGCUGAUAUCUGCAUGGAGACGAUCGGAGAGGAGAUCUCGGAGCGACGGCAGAUGAAGCUGGGGGUGUUCCAGCGCGUGGUCGUCGUUUUUAUCCACUACUGCGACAUGCACGGAGAGCCGGUGGAGGACGACUACAUUUAACCCGUGGUUAUCAGACCUGCAGUGUGUGGAGGAAACACCGAGGACUUGGUUUCGACUCCGGCUGGUCGUUAUAUUGCACUCUACUCGCCCAGUCAUGCCUUCUGGAGAGAGAAAUAAAGGGCCGUUUCUGUUUGUUUUUGUUAAAGAGAAGUUGUCGAGAUCUUGGGCAAGAUGUACUUGCUGUUUGGCCGUGUGUUUGUGUAGACAGCCGAGUGAAUUGUGAGCGUAACUGUUCACAUACUUGCUUGUGUGCUACAUGUGUUACUGGAGGCUUCCACUAGAGGCCUCCACUCACUGCAGCAGCAAUGAAACCUCGUGUAGGUGCUGGCAUACAGUUUUUGUGUGAACUGCACAUUACAUCUGCGUUUUGUUCAUUUCUGAGGACGUGCACAACCUUUGGCUAGAGAUAUUCAUGCUGUUUUGCAAUGCAUUCGCGUAAACAACCGGCUACAUCGUAAACAUCGUAAUCGUUCACAUACUUGCUGUAUGGCCAUGCGUUCGUGCAAACAACCGUCUGCCUUGUGAACGUAAUCGUUCACAUACUUGCCUACGUGCUGAGUGUGUUACUGGAGGCUUCCACUAGAGGCUGCUACUUGCCACAUUUGCAGGAACAAAUCAUUGUACAAAUCGUACAAAUCUGAAUAGCCUAUCUUUGAAACAAUCUUUAAUUUGGAUGCUGCAAAAAUCUACACUGCCCCCUAGAGUGUUUUUGGGUACUGCACCUUGUGUACACAUUGUGAUAACUUCUGAGAACAUGCCCAACCUACGCACCAAUUAUACUUGCUGUUUUGCCAUGCAUUUGUGUGAAACAACCGUCUGCAUCAUUCACGUAACGUUCACAACAUUCACCUUCACACACUUCCCUACGUCCUGAGUGUGUUACUGGAGGCUUCCACUAGAGGCUGCUACUCGCCACAUUGGCAGGAACGCAUCAUUGUACAAAUUGUACAAAGUUGGUUAGCCUAUCUUUGAAACAAUCUUUAAUUUUGAUGCUGCUGAGUGCUGCACUGCCCCCUAGUAUUUUUAUGCAUAAUACACUUUGCGCUGCUUUAUUUCAUUAUUAACGGACACAAGAAAUGUGAUUCAGAGAUAUACUACGAUGCAGUUUGGCCAUGUGCUCCAUAGUGGCAGUUUUCUGCCAUUUUGGUGCUGCAAAGUUCUACACUGCCCCCUAGAGUCUUUUUGGGUACUGCACCUUGCGUACACAUCGUGAUAACUUCUGAGGGCAUGCCAAACCUACGCACCAGUUAUACUUGCUGUUUUGCCAUGUGUUCGCACAAACAACCGGCAUCGUAACCGGCAACCAGCAUCGCAAACGUAAUAGUUUACAUACUUGCCUCUGUGCUGAGUGUGUUACUGGAGGCUUCCACUAGAGGUCCCCUCUCUCCACAUCAGCAAGAACACAUAAUCAUACAAAUCGAACCAAUUUGAAUAACCUAUCUUCGAAACAUUCUUUCAUUUGGAUGCUGCUGAGUGACACUUUGCACAUGCAUUACGUAAUUUUGUAAUUUUUUGAAGAUGAUUGCAAUCGAUGCACUAAACGGAUGUAAGAACAGGAUGAUGCAGCCAUCGUGCAUUCACAAACAUGUAGAUAACAGCAAGUAUAAGACUAGAGAUGUUAUAUAUUGCAGUUUGGCCAUGUGCUCCAUAGUGGCAGUUUUCUGCCAUUUUGGUGCUGCAAAGUUCUACACUGCCCCCUACAGUGUUUUUGGGUACUGCACCUUUCAUACACAUUGUGUCGAUUAUCUGAAAACAUGCCCAAACUAUGCACCAGUUAUACUUGCUGUUUGGCCAUGCAUUUGUGUGAACAAUCGGCUGUGUCCUGAACGUAACAGUUUACAUACUCGCCUACUUGCUGUUUGGCUGUUGGUUCACGUAGACAACUGUCGAUAACAACAUAACGGUUCACAUACUUGACUACGUUAUUGGAGGCUUCCACUAGAGGUCUCCUUGCUAAUAAUGCAGCAAUGCAGCAACCGGACACAAGAUACCUGAGGAAGCCCACAUGCGUAUUUGAGCGUAAAGUUACCAGCAGGUAUAUCUCUAGCUUUAGGGGUCUGCAUGCUGGAUGUGUGCUGAUGUGUGGAGUUCGUACACCCAAUCGAAAUGCGAAGAAGCGCUACGUGAAGCUGUUUAAGCGAAUGUGUGUUAGCGGGACACUGUUUGUCUGGGUCUCGCUGCACAGUUUUUUUUUUUUUUUUUUGAAAAGGUCAAAAAUGAGUUUGUCGCUUUUUGUACCAGUUGCACUUUUGCGAAUAUUAGUGAAUUUGUAACCCCUUCCCCUUUUUUCUUUAAUGUUUCUGAAGAGGUGAAAAGCUGAUUUCCUCAUUCCCCCCCAAAAAAAGGGUAAAGAAAAAGCUCUAACAGGCACCAGUCUGCAAAUUAACAACUAAUUUAUACUUUUUAUACAUCAGGUUAAUGUAUAGGGAGUCUACAUAAUAUGGAGAUGUGUAUCACGAUGGCAUAGACUAAGCUAGGGCUGCACAAUAUUGCAAAAAAAAUGUUGUAUUGCAUUAUGCAUUUGUUGUACAGUACAAAAUUACAGGCAUUUUGACCAAUCAGAGAUCCUACAUGAUAAAAAUAGUAGCUCCAUCCAUCCAGAAUAGGAGAUUUUGAUAGGAUUUGAUAGAAGAUCCUGGACAAUAAUAAUAAUAUUAAUAAGAAUAUAACAAUAAUAAUCUGUGCCUGGUAUAUAUAUAUGUCAUUACUUUCCUUUCAUUGUUUAACAUGGCAUGUUUUGAAUAAUUGUGACUAUUGCACAUGCAUACAUUGCAAUGGCAAAGCUAAAGUUAAAACAAUAUAUAUUGUGCAACCCUAGUCUAUGGCAUUGAUUCUGUGCAGAAAUAAAAUUUAGCCUUAAGCUACAGCAUGUUCACACAGCAGGUAAAAGUGUCCACAUUACAAUUUUUUUGGUUCUUAUGAGACAAAACCCACAAUCUGAUAUUUUUUAGUUCCAAUUUGAGGCACUUUCAUAUGUGAGAUUGAAUAUACAGCUCUGGAAAAAGUGAAGAGAGCACCUCUGUUUCUCUGAUUUUGCUAUUUGUAGGUUUAUAUUUGAGUAAAAUGAACAUUGUUGUUUUAUUCUAUAAACUACAGACAACAUUUCUCCCAAAUUACAAAUAAAAAUAUUCUCAUUUAGAGCAUUUAUUUACAGAAAAUGAGAAAUGACUGAAAUAACUAAAAAGAUGCAGAACUUUCAGACCUCAAAUAAUGCAAAGAAAACAAGUUCAUAUUCAUAAAGUUUUAAGAGUUCAGAAAUAAUCAAUAUUUGGUGGAAUAACCCUGGUGGUUUUUAAUCACAGUUUUUUUUUUUCAUGCAUCUUGGCAUCAUGUUGUUCUCCUCCACCAGUCUUACACACUGCUUUUGGAUAACUUUAUGCUGCUUUACUCCUGGUGUAAAAAUUCAUGCAGUUCAGUUUGGUGGUUUGAUGGUUUGUGAUCAUCCAUCUUCCUCUUAAUUAUAUUCCAGAGGUUUUCAAUUUGGGCAAAUCAAUUUUAAGUGGUCUCUUAUUUUUUCCAGAGCUGUAUAUGGAAAGAUAUGUCUCCAAUUCAUGGAAAUACGACUGUGAUCUUUAUGUCAAGCAGAGGGAAAAUGGACAACAGCAGUGAGUGAGGUGUUCAGUAGCAGGGAAAAAGCAGGGUAACACCCCUAAAUAAAUAUUUUGGCUGAUGUCUCUGUUCAUAUUAAAUUAGAAGGCCCAUUUCUGAACUGGUCAGGUGUAUUAAAUAAAAGGCCAGCUAAAAAACAUAUUCUCUGUAUACUGUAUACUGAACUGGAACGUGUUCUCACUGAAAGUGAUAAUCCCAGCUGUAGAUACUGGAACUGCUUGAUAGCUCCAGUAAUGCUGGAAAAGAUGAAACCGAAACUUCAUGUGAAGCUCUGCUCUUUAGUGUCAGUUGAGGAGAAACUGAGGAAAAUGAACCAAAGAAAAUCAAAUUUGGGUCACUUUUACCUGCUGUAUGAACAUAGCCUUAGUUUAUUCUACAAAAAAACAUACCCAUAUCUGUGCUUCUUUUAUUACUAAUUUUAUUUUUUUUUUGUUUUUUUUUUUCCAUCAUAAGCCAAAGCAUGGGUUAGAUUACUUUUCUUUCUUUUGUACACACCUGAAUAUAAGAUUACCUGUUGGAGUCACUUCUGAAAAUAAGGUUUUCAUCCUCACUGAUCUAAAAACUGCUGGGAUUAAAUGACAUUAAAGAUUAAAGAUAAAGAUGGUGGUGUUGAAGAAGUGGUGGAGUGAUGAGAUCCCUUUACUAAUGCUGCUGCAGAACCCCUGUGUGAAGCUUAUGUACAGACCUAAACCAGUAAAUAUUCCCUGAAAAUUGUUUUAUAUGUUUAUAUGAAAUACAAUUCAUAAUAAAAAGGGAGAGUAAUGUCUGGA